CUCGACGGUUGCCUGCUCAGAGCUGACAUUGUUGCUGUUUGUUUGUUCUUUGCUUCUUCUCAAACAAUCACCGCUCGAGUCAGCAGAGACCGCCGGACUAGAUUCACAUAUUCACACGACAGAUCAUGGCGACAAUGGACAUAGACCACGACGUGCCUACGAUCCUCUCCACGCUGCGCUCGGAGUCGGCGCCUGAGCUCGCCGGUGAUUUCUACGCAAUGGAGGAUUUGUGGGAGCGGAGACUCUGGCACCAGCUCACCGACGUCCUCGUGCGUUUCUUCGAGCAUCCCGACAGCGCUCCGCUGCGAACGCGAGUCUACAACCAGUUCGUCUCGACCUUCGAGUCCAAGAUCAACCAGCUCAAGCUCGUCAGUCUUGGUCUGGCCACAGCGGCGACGUUUGACAACAAGACCGAGGCGCUUGAGUUUAUGACUGCGCUCGCAGAGAAGGUCAACUCGCCAUCGACUCAAGACGCAUACGUAUACGCCACUAUCGAGAGCGCACGCGUGAAGCUGCAGCUCAACGAUCUCGAUGGUGCGCGCGAGACAAUGGAUGCCGCGUCGGCGAUCCUCGAUAAGUUUGACUCGGUCGAGUCCGUCAUCAACGCCGCGUUCUACUCCGUCAACGCGGACUACUACAAAGCCAAGGCUGAUUUCGCGCAGUACUACCGCAGCUCUCUGCGGUUCCUCGCCUGCAUCUCCAUCACCGAUCUGUCGCUGAUGGCGCAGCGCGAGCGUGCAUAUGAUCUCGCUAUCGCGGCCUUGCUCGGCGACAGCAUCUACAACUUUGGUGAGCUUCUGCUGCACCCCAUCCUCGACAGUCUCGCGGCGACUGAGUUCAAGUGGCUGCGCGAUCUCUUGUUUGCACUCAACGUCGGAAAUCUUGCUGUUUUUGACGAGCUGCGUCCCAAGCUGGCGUCGACGCCGAUUCUCGCGGGCACAGACGAGUUCCUGCGCGACAAGUUCUGCACUAUGGCGCUCAUCGAGGCUGUCUUCCAGCGCCCGGCAUCCGACCGCACGCUCUCGUUCUCGAUGAUUGCAAACGAAACGCGACUCAGCCACGAGAACGUCGAGUUUCUGGUGAUGCGCGCGCUCAGUCUCGGUCUGAUGCGCGGCACGAUCGACCAGGUGGGCGAGCGUGUAAACAUCACCUGGCUGCAGCCGCGGAUCAUGACCAAAGACCAGAUCGAAAGCAUGCGGCAGCGACUGAUUGAGUGGGACCGCUCGGUGAGCGAGCUGGGUGGAUGGGUUGAGACUGCUGGUAAGGAGGUGUGGGCGCAGUAGAUGAAUAAAUGUUCUAUAUAGCUAUUGUAUUGUAGUAGAGAAGUAUUAGUCAUAGCUUACAAACCAUCAACCAAC